CUGGGAUGGAAGCACUCUUUCCUUUUGCUGUUUACCAGGUCUGCUGUGGACAUCUGGGAUUUCUAUAUGGGAUGCACUAUAUAUGCAGCCAGUUCUGAGGGACCUUCAGUGGAGGGUCUCAAGCCACUGAGACGGCUUAAGACCAUGAGUGAUCAGCAGGAUCAGGCAGAAGAUGUCGGGCUCGUAACGGCUCACAAUCAGUCAGAGCUUUCCAAGGACGAUGACACGCACAGCCACACUCAUUUCAGGGUGCACCUAAUAGAUGACCUGUCAUAUGAGGAUCUCAAGAAAUGCUACCGUGGAUCUACCGUCAGCAAGUACAAUGCACAGUACCACAAGCUUUUCCAGAGUGUUCCCAAAGAUGAGCUGCUCAUUAAAGUGUACUCCUGUGCCCUACUGCGAGAUAUACUACUGCAAGGCCGACUCUACAUCUCCAGAAACUGGCUGUGUUUUUACGCCAACCUCUUUGGUAAAGACAUCAAGGUGGCCAUUUCUGUAGCGUCUGUGCGGUUGGUGAAGAAACAUAAGACAGCGGGUCUUGUGCCUAAUGGUUUGGCUAUCACCACAGACAGCAGUCAGAAGUAUGUGUUUGUAUCUCUGCUGUCCAGAGACAGUGUCUAUGAAGUGUUGAGGCGCAUAUGCACACAUCUACAGGUCAAUGGCAAGAAGAUCCUCAGCCUCAAGCAGUACAUGGAGGAGCCCACUGCUUUAUCUCUGGAUGAGUUCCCUGUUCCUGAAGUGUUUCCAGUACCAGAUGAGUUUCCACCAGUGCUGAAGUGGAGGAGAAAGCCAUCAGUGGUGUCUGUGGCAUCCUCUCUACCUGAUCUACUGGGAAACUCGACCAGCAGUCUGAGUGCCGUGGACACCCCCUUCCAAACAGACCAACCCCUGGAGGAACAAGGUCUGGAAACCAAGAAGAUCCUCCUCUCAGAGACGAUACCAGAGUUGGGCCAGAUGGAGUUCCAGCUACUGAAGUUCUUCAUCCUGCUCAUUAUCCUGCUCAUCCUGUCUUCAUGUUACCUGGCCUUCCGUGUCUGCAGCCUGGAGCAGCAGCUCUCUUUUCUAAGCAACAACCCUGGACUGACUCUCCGAAAGAGGUAACUGACGGUCACCUGCUGAAGUUCACAGGACAGUCUGCCCAGUGCUGUCUCUCCUCUCUCCCUCUCCCUCUUCCUCUCUCUCUUUGGUCACCUUGCAACUAUGCAAAGCAGACUCUGUUAUUUAUUAAUGCAGAGUUCUGCCUCGGAUUGUGUUGACAUUGAGAUGGACUUACAGUAGGAGAACAAAACAGGUGUUCUCAUAACAAGCUGCUCUGUAUUACUGCACACAAGAGGAUGACUGGACCUGCCUGACUUGCACAUGAUGCCGAAAGGAUACAAACACUUGGAAGACAUAUUAUGGGGGAUUGUUAUGCAAAGCUAGUUUCUCCUAACAAAAACUGGGUUUUGUGGUCACUGCCUAAAAAGGGCAGAAGUACAGAAUGCUGAACGACAUUCAAUAGGUUAUAAAUGUCCCAAAUACUGUGUUUAUAGCUCAGGAUCCUAUUCGGUGCAUUUUGAUUAUAUUUGUUGUAUGUGUGCAAAGCACUUGUCAUGUCCCAGCCUUUCCAAUAGUUAAGAGCAUCCUGAAAAUAUAGGCCUAUCUAUUUGUCUAAGUAUGAUCAGGAUGUUAUCAUUCUUACUAUGUGUUCAGAGCAUAACGGAUGUUACUUUCGCUCAAGUCAGUGUAAUAUGAAAUAUUGCCCUGACCGAGGGCAGAAUGUUUGUGGCGUAAUGAAUGUAAAAUAAUAUGGCUGCAAUAAGUAAAUAAUUCAUGGGCAACUUAAGACAAGUCAUAGUGCACUGAUUUAAUGUACUUUCUAAAAGGUUAUCGUUGUGUAGUUGUUUCCUAUGUACACUGCUAUGCAUAAAGAGUCUUUAACGCUACGAGUUAAAUCUACAGUUUAAUCAAAGUGAUGUUCAUCUUUCAUUCAUCAUUACAACUUGCACCUUUACAUGACUAUUGCACAUGCAGCUGUUUCCAAGUGAGACUUGCAGGUUUAAUUUCUACAUCAAUCAAGUGGUUUUUAAUGUCAGUUUAAUUAUAACAGAUCAGUUUGUACGUUCUAUAAGGAAACUUCACCUUAACAUCUUAAUAAAACUGAAUACUGGAAUGCAUAAUGUCUGAAAAGCUGUCGCUACUGCGAGCGAGGGAUUUUUGGAGAAACCGAACGUUUGAAGAAUAUCAUGUUUAUUUAAAUUGAAGUAGUUUGUAACAUUUUAAAUAUCUUUACUGUUGUUUUUGGUCAAUUUAAUGCAUCCUUGGUGAAUAUAAUAAUCAUUUAAAAAAUAUACAAAACUUUAUUGUGAUGAGACCAUUUCAUUGCUUUUCCUCUCUCUGCUCCUCAGACCUGAUCAUAAGCACCUUUCUCACUUGAUGUGGUCGUCUUAAUGGGCAUUAGAGAGCUGAAUGUAUUAUUAAUUCAUGAAUAACUGUCUGCUGCUUAGUUUCAUGUGGGCUCUUUGCUCACAGCAAGUGGGAAAAACAUUCUGUUUCUAAAGUUUUUUUUACAUUAAGAUUUUAGUGUUGCUCAAAUGAGAAAGAUUUUCGUGACAGCCAGCCUCUGCAUUUUUUUUUUUUUUUGGGUUAGUUUCAGCUUAGCUUUAUAAUUUGUUUUUCAAGCGCAGAAUUAAAAUGUGCUCCCCAUUGGUAAAGCAUUAAAGGGUUAGUUCACCCAAAAACAUUCUCUCAUGUUUGACUCACCGUUAAGCCAUCCCAGAUGUGUAUGUCUUUCCUUCUUCAGCAGACCCGAAAUUUUGAUUUUUAUAAGCACAAUUCAGCUCUGUAUGUCCAUAGAGUGCAAGUGAAUGGGUGCCAUCAGGUUGCUGGCUGUUUGACAGCCCAAAAGUCACAUUUAGGCAGCAUAAAAGUAAUCCACACGACUCUAGUUGAUCAAUGAAUGUCUACUGAAGCAAAUCGAUAGGUUUGGAUGGAUUACUUUUUGCUGCCUACAUAUGACUUUUGGACCGUCAAAGUGCUGGCACCCAUGCACUUGCAUUAUAAGGACCUGACGGAGCUCUGUCUUCUAAAAAUCUUCUUUUGUGUUCUGCUGAACAAAGACAGUCAUACACAUCUAGAAUAGUGUGAGGGUAAGUGAAUAAAGUGACAGUUUUCAUUUUUGGGUGAACUAUUCCUUUAUAUAGAACUACUUAUAUAUUUGUGCGUAUCGGGAUAUUUUGCAAUAAACUUAAAAUAUACAGUGCAUCGGAAAGUGUUCACAGCGCUUCACUUUUUCCACAUUUUGUUAUGUUACAGCCUUAUUAUUUUCCUCAAAAUUCUA